AUGCUGAGAAUCAAGACCUUCGCGCCACAGCACUCGUCGAACCUGGCACGGUGUCCUGCAAAAACCGGCCUGAAGGGCUUGCUGCCUUUGGACUGUAUUGCCGAUGCCUCGAUGCAAAGCAUUGACAAAGCAGACCGGCAAGGCCCCGCCAACACGGCACGGGCGCUUGCUGCGUUGAACGUGCUGAGGCCGCCACUGAUGGAUGCGAUCAGGGUCCAGGUGCAGCUAAAGAUCCUGGAGCUCACUUCACAACACGUGGCCACUACUGCCUGGGGUCCUGCCAAAGCAGUUUAUGCGAGUGCUCGGGUGACGGAUGCGGCAACACUCGCCGCCUGGCGCCUCCUUGGGGAACUUGGCACACAGGGUGUCGUGAAUAUCUUGUGGGCCGUGGCGAAGCUGAUGGCGGAAGGCAGAGCACUGGCUGAUGCUCUCACAGCCGCCGCCAGCGACCUGAUGGCCCAGAUGAGCCCAGUCGACUUGUCGAAUCUAUCAUGGGCUUCUGCCACUCUGCAAUGCUUUGGCGAGGCCUCUCUCGGCAGGACCAUGCGUUUUGCUGUGGAGAAGUUGCCGCGGUUUGGAUCGCAGGACCUUUCGAUCACCGCCUGGGCGUUCACGAAGCCUGCCGUUCAAGAUGACGCCUUCUACCAGGCCGUGGCAGAAGCCUCCACUGCCAAAAUCCAAGACCUUGGAGCGCAGAGCCUUGGCAACAGAGGCCGGGCCUUCGGAAAAAGGUCUUUGGCAGACGAAAAGCUACUAAAAGCACCAUCAGUGACUGCUCGUGCGAAGAUCAAGGAGAUGCGGCCACAGCAGCCAUCCAACAUCGCUCGAGGACAUGGCACAUCCAAUGCUACCGAUGAGCCUUCGACGAACAGCACAGCCGAAGAAAGCAUCGUCAAAGCUUGCGAUCCCGACCCGCAGAACUUAUCAAUGGCCGCGCGGGCUUGGGCAACUCCUGGCUCAACGCACGCCGCACUUUUUGCGGCUGUCAGGCAUGCAGCAAUCAACAAGAUUCAUGCGUCCAAACCACAGGAGCUCAACAACUUGGUUUGGGGAUUCGCAACGCCUGGCAUCGUCGGUCGGUCGUUGCUGGCUGCUGCCUCUGCAGCAGCGAUUGCCAAGGUUCGAGAGCUCAACCCACAAGAUCUCGCCGUCACUGCGUUGGCGCUUGCCCGUCUUGAAGUUCACGAUGCGAAACCCAUGGAGGCAGCUUCAACCGAAGAGGCAGCGAAGAUGGACUUAUCGCAGCCCCAAGAGUUGGGGAACAGUGCUUGGGCUUUUGCCAAGCUGGUGACCUUAGACGUGCCUUUGCUGCAUGCCACAUCUCGCCAAGCACAGCGCUUGCUGUUGGACUCUAACCCGCAGAACCCGACCAACACCGCCUGGGCACAUGGCAAGGCCGACUUCCUCGGCCAGCCUUUGAUGGUGUCGGUCGGCUCUGCUUCAAUGGACAGGCUCCAAGAGUUCAACGCACAGAACUCGUCGAAUGCAGUCCGGGGCUUCGCGACAGUCGGUGCAGCAGAUGGGUCUUGCUUGGAGGCCACAGGCAGCCACUUCGCUUCGAAUCUCCACGGCUGUGAACCCCAAGCGCUGGCAAACAGAGCACGGGGGUUCGCCACUCCGGGACUUUUGCAGCAACCCAUGUUUGCAGCUACUGCAUGUGAAGCUUCCGUCACCCUCCCGCAGCUUUCAGGACAGGGUCCUGCGAACCUGGUCUGGGGACUUUCGACUCUGGGAUUGGUGGAGCAGCCUCUCGUUGCUGCUGCGGCCAAUCAGGCCUGCUUGCGCUGCUCCGAGCUCCAGGCGCAGAAUCCCUCAAACACAGCAUGGAGCUUCGCGAACUUGGACUGCUUGCGCCAGCUGUGUACGGAGGCAUUCGCCUUGUGCUCACUGGACAAGAUUACCGAGAUGAACCCACAGGGACCGGCUAACAUUGCCUGGGCGCGGGGACGUUUGGUCUUGCUGGAGCAGCCAUUGAUGCACGCGGCUGGCAAGCACACUGUGGAGAAGAUUGCUGAGCUUCAGAGCCAAAACAUCUCCAACAUCGGGUGGUCUACUGCGACUCCGGAGCUCAGAUGGCCGUCUUCGACCCACGCGACUGCGGCCGAAUGCCGGCGCAAGGUGUCGGUGCUGAGCUGCCAAGACCUUGCAAACACGGCGCGAUGCCUCGCCAGACCCGGAGCGACUGAUCUACAACUGCCAGCUGCAGCGAUCUGUCUUUCAAGCGCUGCAUUGGUAUGGACGCCCAGGUCUGCCAGACGGAAAGCAAUUGGCAGCAGAUUCAGAUGUGCUGCACUGCGGAGCACAUUCACGGGUUUCACCAACCUCUUGGUGGAUGCAGACGUGCACAGCAUCGACAAUAUCCGGGACGCAAUCGGUGAGUUGGAGAAGAUGAAGCAAGUGGUGCAUACAACAGUUUUUGCCGCACCCGGUCGCGAUUCCAACAAGCGAUGGAAUGAAUUAUUCCAGGACGGCCGGAUAUGUUUUCGUCCGGUCCCGCGGGACAAGAGCAAAGCCACGGAAGCAAAUGAUGAUAUUAUAAUCCAAACCCUUACAACGUGCGACGAUGCCCCGAGUUUUGCGCUCCUGGCUUCUGACUUUGAUUUCGUGGAUGCAAUUAAGCGGGCCGCGGACCGUGGUAAGCAGGUUUUUCUGUUCAUCCCAUCCAGCAAAGUAGGGGUAAUCAAGCAGUAUCUUGAUGCUGGCGUUCACGUCCACGAGCUGAAGUCCCACUCGGAUUUGCCGAAAGUCAGAGCAGUUCUUUAUGCAGAUGGCAGCGGGGAUGUGAAAGCGGAUGGUCCGUGGCACCUUCCUGAGAAUGCCGAUUCGGCAAGUACAUGUGAACAAUUUUUGAUGAACCUUGGAUUCAUGGAAGAAGCGCGCAGGGAGUUCAUGGCGCAGUCUGCGGCCAAGUUCUGGCUCACGAAUGAGCUGGGGGGAUCACUCACUGUGUUUCCGCGAGAACUUUGCGUCAAAAGAGUUUGCGAGCUUAUCGAGAAGCACAGCACGAGAAAUUUGCGGAGAUGUGCAAAAGACCUGGCUUUUUUCCUUCCUGCAUCUGCGCAUGGAAAGCCAAGCGGAGGGCAAUUGGCCAAAUUCGGCACAGAUGUAGCAAGAACAGUCUUCAGAGGCGGAGGGCCCUUCAUGCUGCAAGACUCAUCAAGCAUGGUCAGACAAGCACUGGAAAAGCUAGGAUACAUCGACGGAGAUCUGAAUUCGGAUAUGCUAGAGGCAAUGCUUGUGUUCGUGAAUGCUCCGGGGAACCAUCACCGCUUGCGGAAAAGGUUGAAGUCUUUGCCUAGCUUCGGUGACGCCGCUCCAGACGUGGAGGAGAAGCUUAGGCAUGCGUUUCUUUCUCACCUCACAGACGGCAUGUGGCGUAUAUCGCCCCGUGAUGACAGCAUCAGAGCACGUCUUUGCAAGCAGGGAUUCUUGGCGACUGCUGCCGCUCCAAAGCAGGAUGUGUUUCGAGCGAUGGCUGAGUACGCCAAGCAGCACCAUCUCCCGGAGAUGAAGACCUAUAACGGCUAUCUUUUUCGCAUUCUUCGUGCGCAGGAGGCCCACCCGGAAGAGACGGGUACAAUCGAGCUGAGGCGUUGA